AUGCAGCUCCUGGUGAGGGUGCCGUCUCUUCCGGAGCGGGGCGAGCUGGACUGCAACAUCUGCUACCGGCCCUUCAACCUCGGGGACCGCGAGCCCCGCCGCCUCCCCGGGACGGCGCGCGCCCGCCGCGGCCACACGCUCUGCACCGCCUGUCUGCGCGAGUCGGCGGCGCGUGGCGACGGCGGCUGGGCGGCCGCGCGCGCAGUGCGUCUGCGCCACGUCGUCAUGUGCCCCUUCUGUCGCGCGCCCACCCCGCUCCCGCGCGGCAGGGUCACUGAAGUCUCUGUCGACCCGGGCUUGUGGUCGCGCUUGGAGGCAACAGCGCGGGCCGCGCACGAAUCUAAUGGGGCGGGUGGUCCGGUUCGGGAAAGCGGCGAUGUGGACCGAGAGGCCGAUGGAGGAAAAGGAGAGAAGGGGGCGGGGCCUAGGAGCGCGGGAUGGCGUGAGCUCCUGCGGCCCUGGGCCCGGGUGCUGGCACCCGCGCGCAGGUGGCGGCGCCCGCUGCCUAGCAACGUGCUGUACUGUCCGGAGAUCAAGGACUCGGCCCACAUGACCCGCUGCACGCUGUAACCGCGGAACCCUGAAGCCACGGAAGAAGAAAGCCACAAGGAAACACUGUCACUACUGAAGAAAGAUGCUCAUCAUACAAUUUUAAACUUGUGUCCCAUAUUUAGACAUCACCUAUUUCAGGGCAGGGGUUCAAUUUAAAAGUCCUGUUCGUAUCUCGUGAUCGUAGAGUUACAGUCAAGGACCAGCAGCAUCAGCAUGACUGGGAGCCUGUUGGAAGCGCAAAAUCUCAGGAUUCCACUUCUGACUUAUGGAAUUAGACUCUGCAUUUUAACAAGAAUCCCAAGUGAUCCAUUUAAAUAAAAAUUUAAGCAGCACUGGUCCAGGUCCUAGACUAUGUUGCAUUUUCCCCUGAGUUAAAAAGGGGAACUUAUUAAGAAUAAACCUCAAUUUUUCUAACUAUGUUUUUACCUUUUUCCUUUCCUUAAGUCUGAAGUCUCAGCUUAAAUAUUCCCUCUCUGGGGAGGUCUUUCUCAGCUUUCAAUCUGGUGUAGCCCCCUCCCUCACCCUCUGUAAUACAAUGCCUUGUUUUAUUUUUUCACUACUUUUAUUUUCUGAUACGUGUUUUGUUGGUGUCCUGCACUACAGUGUAAGCUCCAUGACAGCAGUGACUAACUUGUGACUGUUGUAUCUGCAAGGGCAACAGCAGUGUUUUUAACAUGUACUCAAUAAAUGCUUGUUGGAAUUACA